UUGAUUACUCCAAAGUACAAAAAUACUAUUGCACUUAUAUUCUAUAUAGAUAAAAUUCAAAUCUAGUUUGUAACAUUGAGUGUUAAUGCAAUUUAUAUAAAAUCAUUCAAAUCAUUGCAUUUAAAAUUAUUUUUGGUAAACAAUUAAUAUAAUGUCUGAACCGGUCAUUGUUGUGCAUGGUGGAGCAGGAAAUAUACCUGACAACCGGGACCAACCAAAGUUUGAUGGAGUUAUAACUGCUCUCAGAAAAGCUUAUGAAACCUAUAAAAAAACAUCAUCUAUUAUGGAUGCAUGUCAAGCUGCUGUUGAGUAUAUGGAAGAUGAACCAGCAUUCAAUGCGGGCCGUGGAUCAGUGUUAAAUCUAAAAGGCGAAAUUGAAAUGGAAGCUCUUAUUAUGGAAGGAAAAAACAUGAAGGCUGGAAGUGUUACUGGUGUAAGAAACAUUGCACACCCAAUAGCACUGGCUAGAAAAGUUAUGGAAAACACACYACACGUAUUUUUAAUGGGUGCAAGUGCUAAUGAGUUUGCUCAAAAAAUGGGAUUUGAAACCGUCAGUGAUGAUUAUCUGAUAACAAAUGAUGCAAGAAUAGGCUUGGAAAAUUUUUUGAAAUCUGGUAGUGAACCCGUUACAACUGAAAUUGGACAUGGAGGUGUUGGCACUGUUGGUGCUAUUGGUAUGGAUGGAAACAGCGGGCAUAUGGUUUCAUGUACUUCAACAGGAGGAAUCACYGGCAAAAUGGCAGGUAGAGUUGGUGAUACACCUGUUGUUGGUGCUGGUGGUUACUGUGAUGAUACCGUGGGCACUAUUUCAACCACUGGCCACGGUGAUAGCAUAAUGCGCUAUUGUUUGGCCCAAAGGAUAAUGCAAAAUUUGGAAWACGGCGAAAUUCCAAACAUUGCAGCUCAGAAAGCGUGUGAUGGCAUGUCAGGCCGUGUAGGUGGCAGUGCUGGGGCUAUUGUUAUUUCCAAAAAUGGGGAGGUCGGAAUUGGCUUUUCUUCUCCUAAAAUGGCAUGGGCCUUCUUGAAAAAUGGAAUCAUUUACUAUGGAAUCAAAAAAGGUCAACAGUUUACAGUUGAGCUGUAAAACMAAACUAAUCAGAUUACAGAACCAAAUUUUACUAAAUACGUUUUAUACGUAUAAAUUGUUUUUUAAAUAGUGUAAUGUGUAAUGUACUAAUUUUUA